AGCCUAAAGAUAGAAAGUUAAAAAUAAUUAAUAAGCAUGCGUUGCUAUCCGACCUCGGAUGUGAACUUUCGUGUUGAGUUCAGCGAUGGAUGGGAUAGAUAUUGUCGUUGGCUUAAUAAACAAUGGAAUUAUACAGAUUUGUCGCCCACAACAACUAUUGCCUAUUGGCGUGAUCUUGAAGGCGCAAAAAUUGAACAUAUUCUGAUGGCGGAUUUGUAUUUUGACAACUGGUUGAAGACGCGCUUGAAUGAGGGUGCAUGCUUGCCCUUAUUGUAUGCAGGUGGCAAUCGUUUUAUAAGGUUGGAAAAGGAUUUUCCAGCUGGGUUCAGAUGCGCUCCUUUGCCAAUGAAUCUUAAGGAAUACAGAGAAAUGCAGGCCAUAGUAAAAGGUAUUUAAAUCUGCUUUCGAAAGUUAAGGGAAAAGUAAUCUUAUAUAAUGAGAUUUUACAGUAGUUAGGUCAUGAUAUCAUUUACAGAGCACCGAAAUUGCGCUUAUGGAAACUUUGCAUUUAGACAUUAUUUCGGU